AUGGCUGAUUUAAAUUGGUGUACUUACUGUGAUAAUGCUAUUCAUCCUUAUUCUAAUUCACUCUAUUGUUCUGAAGAGUGUCUCCGGGCGGAUGCUUUAAACAACCAUCCACUUCUAGGGUACGACUAUGCGGAACUAAAGGAUUUUCCUCGUUCCUGUUCUUCUCUUCAUGAAUCUAACGCUCACUCUCAUCCAUCGCCUUCGUUGUCGCCUAUCUGCUUAACAUCUGCACAUUUCUUUAAGGAGCCACCUAUCUUUCAUCUGAAC